AUGAUACUGGGGAGAUCAGGAAGCAAGCAGGCCACUACCCCUGCAGACAACUACUACCUGGCACGGAGGCGGACCUUGCAGAUAGUUGUGAGCUCCUUGCUGAUAGAGGCUGGGUUUGAGAGUGCGGAGAAAGCAUGUGUGGAAAUAUUAACUGAGAUGUUACAAAGCUACCUUUCAGAAAUCGGGAAGAGUGCUAAGUCCUAUUGUGAGCACACGGCCAGGACAAAGCCCACACUUUCAGAUAUUGUGGUCACGCUUGCUGAGAUGGGUUUCAAUGUGGAAACUCUCCCUGCAUACGCUAAACGGUCUCAGAGGAUGGUCAUCACAGCACCACCAGUCACCAAUCAGCCUGUGACUCCCAAAGCCCUGACUGCUGGACAGCACAAGUCUCACCCACCUCAUAUCCCUCGCCAUUUUCCUGAAUUCCCUGACCCCCACACGUACAUCAAAACGCCGACAUACCGUGAAUUUGUGUCCGAUUACCAGGUCCUUCGGGAAAAGGCUGCAUCACAGAAGCGUGAUAUGGAACAGACACUUACUCAUUUUAUAGCCAAGACAGGUGAGACACAGAGUCUUUUCAAAGAUGAUGUCAACACAUUUCCAUUGAUUGCUGCCCAGCCACUUGCCAUUCCCUACCUGACCGCCCUUCUGCCCUCUGAACUGGAGAUGCAGCAGAUGGAAGAGACUGAUUCUUCUGAACAAGAUGAGCAGACAGACCCGGAGAACCUUCCUCUUCACAUCAGUACGGAUGAAUCAGGAGCAGAAAAAGAGAAUGCCUCUGCUCAACAGCAGAACACUUCCUUGUCAGGGAGCCGGGCUAGGGAGGAGAAUCUUAUUGAUAACCCUUAUCUACGACCUGUAAAGAAACCCAAGAUCCAACAGAAACGCAGCCUUAGCCAUCUCUAA